AUGUCGUCGACCGGUGAAAAUUCUACCCACGAGGGUAAGGGCGAUCCCUUCGAGCCCUCUGAAGCGGUGCCGGGCGCGCAUGCUGGCACUGGCACAAACCGCGUCGAUGCCGCCUGGGAAUAUCUUAACGCCAACCGGGGCAUGGAGUACGCGCAGGUAGACCUUGCGAAACUACGGCGCAAGAUUGAUUGGCACAUUGUACCGCUGAUGUUCUGCUGCUACACAAUGCAAUUCCUCGACAAGGUCAUCCUCAAUUACGCUGCUGUCAUGGGCAUUCGCGAUGACCUCAACCUUGAAGGCAAUGAUUUCUCCAAUGUUGCGACAUUUCUCUUCGUUGGCCUACUGUGCUUUGAGAUUCCUAACAUCUACUUCCUCCAAGCCGUCCCCGCAGCCAAAUGGCUCGGCUUCAACGUGGUGGCCUGGGGCAUUGCGACCGCAUGCGGCGCCGCAGCGCACAACUACACAACACUGCUCGUGUCGCGCAUCUUCCUAGGCAUCUUUGAGGCGACCAUCGGGCCCUCACUCAUGCUUAUCAGCAGCCAGUACUACACCAAGUCGGAGCAGGCCCCACGCUUCUCCUUCUGGUACCUUGGUCUCGGUCUCGGGCAGAUCAUGGGCGGCGCGCUGUCCUACGGGUUUCAGCACAUCACUGGCGCCGGGUUGGCGGGAUGGCGCAUCAUGUUCAUCACGCUCGGCGCUGUGACCGUCGUCAUCGGCGUGGCCACGUUCUUGUUGUUGCCUGAUACGCCCAUGAAGGCGCGGUGGAUGACUGAUGGCGAGAAAGUUGCCCUUCUGAAGCACGUAAGCGUUAACCAGACGGGCAUCACGGACAAAACGUUCCGUCCCAAGCAGAUCUUGGAGGCCCUCGCGGACCCUCAGAUCUAUCUCAUGGUUCUUGCCGUUGUACUGCUCUCGGUGUCCAGCGGCGUCGUCACCACCUACUCGGCGACGCUGAUUCGAAACCUCGGAUAUACGCCCAAGAAGGCAGCCCUCAUGAACAUGCCGUCGGGCGUCGUCAGCAUCUUCUUCACGUUGUUUGUCGGCUUCGGCAUUCGUAUCAAGUCCCACCGAUGGGCUUGGAUCGUUGCCUGUAUCUGCCCAGCCAUCAUGGGCGGCGCCCUCAUGUCAUUCCUGCCCGUAACCAACCGUUCCGGAUGUUUGGCAGGCAUCUACCUCGUCAAUGCGGUUGUCGCCCCGCUGACCGUCUUCUACGCUUGGACGGCUGCCAACGUUGCUGGCGCCACGAAGCGCGCGUUCGCCGUCGCCAUUGUCAGCGGUUCGUUCUCACUGGGCAACAUCAUCGGCCCCCAGACAUUCCAGGCCCGCGACGCGCCGGACUACAUCCCCGCCAAGCUCGCCGUCAUGGGCACGCAGGCCGGCUGUGCCUUUGUGACCGUGUGUCUCGUCGCCUACUACGCCUGGACGAACAAGAAGCGUGACUGUUCGACGUUGGAUGCCGAGGCGGAGACCGAGGCGUCGUACCUGUCACCCGAGGUCUGGGCUCAAAUGACGGACAGGGAGAACAAGAAGUUCAGGUAUACGUAUUAG